AUGCGCGUCACUUCCGCUGCGUGGUCUCUCAGCUCCAUCACAAGUCGUGCAACAAGCUGGAAUCCAAGAGCUGAAGAGGAAAUCCAGCUUCCACACCCUGCGCCAAACUCCGCAGGGAACGAGGAAGAAACACAGGGCAGAAUGGGUGCGACAUUCUCUGUCAUUAAGACAUUGAUCGUGCCGGCGAUAAUCUCUCUCAUCCUGUACCUCAUAAUUUCAUAUCUAUUAGUACCGAUAUGGAAGCGGUACCGAGGAAGAUAUAGCAAUUACCUUCCACUCGAUACGAUUUCUACACAGACGACCUCGUGGAGACAGAAGAUACAAAGCGCGCUUAUUGGAUUACUGAUCCCUUCAAGGUGGCAGGAACACUUUAAUCAGAAUCGUUACACUGUGAGCGCGGAGGACGGCGGAAGCGAUUUUGAUGAAAACGAAGGAGAGGAAUUAUUCGAUGUGGAUGAGCGACGAAGAGAAGCGUUAUCUUUGGACGCGAGAAGAGGGAGAGAUGAUGAUGCAGGUCUUCCAGCGCUAUUCGAUCCAGCGACACCUAAACACUCGCCUACACGGCCAGCGACUAAUCGAGAUAUCAUGAAAAACACAACAUGCAUGGGUAUAAAACUCCAAACGCCAAUACAAGAGCUCGAAUCCAAACCCCUCGAUCAAGUCCAAAUACCACUCCGCCCCGCUCAAAAUCCAACAUCACCUACCACUCCACCCUCUCCCUCUCCAACUCAACCCUCAAAUCAUCCACCUCCUUCCACCACGCCUCCCUCACCACCCCCCCUCGCCCAACCCAAAACCCACAAACCCCACCCUCCUCCAGCUCCCUCUCUCUCCGUUCCCUCAACUCAUUCAACCGUCCUUCCACCACCUCACCCCCCCUACAAACUACACACCGUUCCGGCAUAUUCUCCUCCCUUACAACCGCCGGCGCUCUUUCCACCAAACAAGGCCGGAUCAAAUGCCCACACACCCGAUACACCAUCACCCGUCUACAUUCCGGACAGUUCUUGUGCGGAGACUCGUUCUCGAGCCACCGGAUGA